GUAAAAAUCCGUUUUGUUGGAUGAACGGGAAUUUACUAAAUUGGCUGCAACAACGACAACUUUCGGAAUAGCGCACAACAUUGAGCUGGACUCAUAUAAAUUGUAAUUGUAAACUGCUGCCAUGACGACCACCGCUGCCUGAGCAAGGUUCGGAACGGGAGCUGCUGGUGCUGACGGGGGAGUCGGUCAGUCUCUGAACCUGCGAGAGAGCAUUGCAGACGGCCACAGCGCGCGAGAGAAGGAUACAGUAGAUGUACAGGGAAUGAUUCCGUGAUUUGGCUUUAAGGUUGGAUUCUUCUGGUGGAUUGAUAUCGCAAGGAAGUUCCAAAUAAAUGUCAGAAGUUGAGAGGAGUUGCUAUCAUUUCAUACUCUUCAUUUUAAGUGUAAUAUUCAAAAGGCUGUUUCCGUUCAAUGAAAAGUGCGCACGAGGAGACUUGGCUGCCUAUGCAUCUCUGCGCGUUUCUCUGGUCUCCAACGAAUAACAUUUCCAGAGCAGAGGAGACAGUGCGAAUCAGCCAGACGAACGUUCACACAGCUCCCUUUUUCCUCGCCGUCCUGCGAUUGCAGCUGAAGCCGUCUCUCCUGAAUUACAAGAACGCUGCAACUGGGGACAUAUAAUUGCUUAUUUAUAAAGCUACCAUUUUCAUCUCCUCAGUUUGAGGCAAAAAUAAUAACGAGGGGGAUCACAAUAAGCUCUGCGUCGCUGGGGUUGAAUUUCACAGUUCAUUGUCGCUUUUUGACCCCAGAAACGGAAUAUUAAAAUCGAUUUAAGUUUUUCUGGAAGUUGCACAGUGACCGAAGAUGGGCAUUUGUGGUUAUUUUGUAGUGUCCUGGAAAUACCUGGUUGUCAUCGCUCUAAGACUGCUGUUCCUUGUACCUGCAGGAGUGCCAGCGAGGAGCGGAGAAUCUUUUUCAAAACCAAUGGACAACAUCACCGUCAGACAAGGGGACAAUGCCGUCUUAAAAUGCAUCGUGGACGACAAGGUGUCGAAGGUGGCCUGGCUGAACCGCAGCACCAUCCUGUUCGCGGGGAAUGAGAAGUGGUCGUUAGACCCCCGCGUCAUCCUGCUCGACAACACGGCCGCCACGGAGUACAGCAUCAAAAUCCAGAACGUGAAUGUGUACGAUGAGGGGCCUUACGUCUGCUCCAUCCUGACCAAUAAGAGACCCAAAUCAUCGAGGGUUCACCUUAUUGUACAAGUUCCGGCAAAGAUUGUGAACAUAUCCUCUGACAUCACAGUAAAUGAGGGCAGCAGCGUCACUCUCAUGUGCUUGGCUAUUGGAAGACCAGAGCCCACCAUUAUGUGGAGACACAGUACAUCAAACGGCCGCAACUUCAUGAGUGACGGGGAGUACGUGGAGAUCACAUCCAUCACCAAAGAACAGUCGGGGGUCUACGAGUGCAGCGCCAGCAACGACUUCCUGGCCCCUGACGUCAGGACCGUCCAAGUCACCGUCAACUAUGCACCCUUCAUUUCAGAUGUCAGGAGUACCGGCACCCCGGUUGGACAGAAGGGCAUCCUCCAGUGUGAAGCUUCUGCCGUUCCCCUGGCUGACUUCGCCUGGUAUAAAGAAGACCGCAGGCUCUUCAACGGACUCAAUGGAGUCAAAAUUGAAAACAAAGGCAAGCAAUCUAUGCUUAUCUUUUUCAACGUCUCUGAAGAGGACUACGGGAACUACACCUGCGUAGCUAUGAACACCAUGGGAAUAACGAACGCCAGCAUAAUAUUGUAUGGCCCCGGAGCCGUGCACGACGUCAACAGCGCCGUCCUGUCUCCGCGCGGCUCGCCGUGCCUCCUCUUGACUGUCGUUCUGUCCUACCUUUUCAAGUUUUGAUGCAGCGGUGGCUCUUCCCCCCCUCCCCUCCCCCCGGCUUCCGCCAGCAUCACAGUACGACAGACCUGCCUGUCCCGUACGAGCAAAAGGGAAAUAAACAAAAAUGCAGACGGUUGCCUUUUUUUUCUUAAAAGCUCUGAGCUGAAGGUGUUUAUUGACACGUGUUUGGUGGGGUGGGGAUUUUGAUGUGGGGGUUGACAUUGGGGUAAAUGACUGACAGAUUUGAGAUAAUAGUAUUUCCAAGUAUGUGUGUCUCUACAAACAUUUGUAUGUAAAAAAAGGAAACAAAAUUACAGUAAUGGUUAAUGGUUUCAUGGUUUUGCUCAGUAUUGAGGUAUAAAUUUGGAUCACUGGUGUGUCCUGUCCUGUUUUAUCUCUGUACAAUAGCAAAUGUUUUCCUUUUUUAAGUAACCAACAGGAAAAAAAAAACAAUUCUCCUAGCUGAGAGAAUUGCAAAACUGCAAUGUUUUGUUGCUGAAUUCCUGCUAUUUGUUUUUGUUGUAUGCAACAGAACAGCAGUUGAUUUAAUAUAUUCUGUCUACCUAACCUUAAUAUAUUGUACAUUGCAUCAUUCCUUAGGACAGAAAUACAUAUUCCGGUGUUCUGUAAUAUAUAGUUGCAAAUUCAAUCCAUAAAGAGUAAGAAAAUGCACUAUAUUUCAUUUUGGAGGACAUUACCAUUUAAGCACUUUUUUUUUGUUUAAGACCCAGCUGCACAUAUUAAUUAAAUAAUAAAAUAUAAUAGAAUCUUUUUUAUUAAUCACCAAGGAGAAAGUAGGUAGCCACCCCAGCAAACAAGCUUACAAAUUACUGCAAUAUUGUUAGUGACAGAGAACUGAAAAAGAUACAAUAAUUAUAGUGUUGCCUUCCUUUGUUCAAUUGCAUAAUAUUUAUAUAAACAAUAACUAUGUGAAAUGUCUGGGAAUUGCUAGCAGGGAAGCUUGUCUGAAAUGUUUAGCUGAGCAUGUAGACAUAAUGAAUCUUGUGCAAAAAGUAUGACAAAACACCAUAUUAACAAGCCAUAGGAGACAUAGUAUGUAAUGGUGAUUUCAUAAAUUCCAACUAAAGGCUUUACAAACUCAGUACAGUACAUAAAAAGAGACAUUAAAAGGUGGGGUUUUUUGUCAGUUGUGUAACUAAAAGCUCAGAAUAAUUCAUGGUACAUAUAUGAGAAGUGGUGAGGUUGUUGGCAGGUUAGGGUGGGUGGCUGAUGUUUUGAGUAGUUUUACUGGAAAGAGAAGCUUAAACAUACUCAAUGGCCAUCAUAUUAGGUACACCUGCUCCUUAACGCAAAUAGCCCACUCCUCCAAAGACUGAAUCAUGUGGCUACAACUCAAUAUAUAUAUAGUUUGCAGACAUGGUGAAGAGGUUUAGUUGUUGUUCAACCAAACUUUAGAAUGGGAAAAAACGCAUGCCCUAAGUGACUUUGACUGUGGUGUGAUUGUUGGUGCCAGACAUGGUGGCUCCAGCAUCUCAAAAACAGCUGCACUCCUGGGGUUUUUACACACUACAUUCCCUGGAGUUUACAGACAAUGGUGCGAUAAACAAUAAAAAAACAUCCAGUCAGCGGUAGUUCUCUAGCCCGAAAGCACGCCGUUAAUGAGAGAGGUCAGAGGAGGAUGGACUUGUUCAAGAUAACAGAAAGCCCAUAAAUGCUCAAAUAACAAGCGUAGUGUGCAGGAGGGCAUCUCACAAUGCGUUGAACCUUGAAGCGGAUGGGUCUGAUACAGCAGCAGAAGACCAAACCAGGUCAGCUAAAAACAGGAAGAGGGACUACAGUCAGCACAUGAUCAUGAGAAGUCAACAACUUAAGAUUGGAAAAACAUCGCCUGGUUAGACGGAUCUCAAAUUCUGCCUUGACAUACAGAUGGUAGGGUCAGAAUUUGGCUUAAAAAAACAUAAAUCCCUGGUUCGAUCCUGCCCAUGUCAACUGUGCAGGCUCUUGGUGAUGUAUACUGGGCUGGUGAAUGUUUUAUUGAUACUAUGUGAGCAUCAUUUGAAUGCCACAGAAUACUGAAACAUUGCUGUUGACCAUAGUCAUGCCUUUAUGGCUGCAGCCUACCCUGGAUAUUUUCUAACGGAUACUACCAGCAGGAUACGGUGGCAUGUCAUGAAGCACACAUCAUCCCAGGCUGGUUCCACAAACAUGACAGUGACUUCAGUUUACUCCAAUCCCCAGAUCUCAAUCUAAUAGAGCACCGAUGAGAUGUGUUGGAAUGGGAGGCUUGCAGUGUGAAUGUGUGGCUUAACAAUCUGCAGAUACUACUCGAUGCUAUCACAUCAGUUUGGAUCAAAAUCCCUAAGGACUGUUUCCAGCACCUUGUUGAAACCCAUGUCAUGCAUAAUUCAGGCUGUUCCAGAGGAAAAAGGGGGUCCUACCCAGUACUAGAAAGGUGUACCUAAUAGAGUGUCCACUGAGUGUAUAUUUAAAAGUGUAUAUAAAAGUGUCAUCACUUUUUUUUUCUUUUUUUUCUGCAGAAAUGUUAUACAGAUGUCAAAUAAAAGCAGCUGGAUAUUAUAUAA